AUGAGCUUAACCGGCAAUUUUUACGCUGAGGAAAAUACCCAAGUGGCAUAUUUGCUCCUGUUCUAUUUCUCAUUCACAGUCACAAUCCGCUCGGUCGUGCUCGUUUUUACAGAUGUGGUGGUAACGGCUGAAGAAGAAAAGGUGCGUGAUUCCCUUGGAUACAUGGCUAUUGCUGAAAUUCACCGAGAAAUGGACGAUGAUCAUUCUGGAUCUAUCGAUAGAAAGGAAACCACAGGAUUCAUGACAGAAGACAUGCACAUGCGUGGAUCGGAUCGACUGCGGCGUGAAAAUGCAUUUCAUGGCAAUGAUGACGCCAUCACAGUCGACGACCUUUGGGAAGCAUGGUUCGAAAGCGACGAACGUUCGUGGACCAGUGAGCAGGUCUUUCUAGGUUUUUUGGUCAAUCUUCCUAUGUAUGCGGAGAAAAUCGUGCAGCUUAAAAUCGAUGGAAGAUUUUUGCCGAGGUUAGCUGUUCAUAAUUCAACGUUUAUGACUAAUGAACUUGGUAUCAAGUCGUCAGUUCAUCGUCAAAAGCUUCGUUUGAAUGCUUUGGACGUUGUCUUAUUCGGGCAUCGAGAUCCUUCUUCUAAGGGGAAAGAUAUAGCACUCGCUCUUCUGCUCCUCUUACUCACCUCUGUGCUCAUUCUCUAUGCAAAACAGCGCCAUCGUGCUCGUCUACAGGUGACUGAAUUGUCACAACGCUUAAAGGAGUUGAAGAACAUGGAAAAUGAGUUUGAUGACGUGCAGAAAAAAUGGAAUGAAGAACGAAGUAGACGCUCAACUAUAGAUGCAGGUGUAAGUCAGACUGAAGUGAAUAACUUGCGUGUCCAGUUAGAAGCAGCUGAGCGUAGACUAGAAGAAAACUGUAUCGGUAGCACUCCUCUCGCUCUGCAGCCACUACUGCGAAAGACUUGCGAAAUUGAGAUGGCAUUUUUGGAGAAGCAGAAACAAGAAUGCGUGAAGGAAAUGCAUGAAGCGAUUGAAUUAGUUGAUAGACUUCAGAAGAAAACAUCUAGUGUACUGUCAUCGCUCAAGUUGGCAACUGGAGCAUCAUCUUCUAGUGACCAAGUUGACAGCAAGAUAUUUGCCCUCAAGAAUCGUAUGGACAAGAUACAAGUACUCACGCGCGAAACCCAAGACCGCUGGUUGCAGAUCGAGUCGCUUUGUGGCUUUCCUGUUUUCAAUGUUGAGGGUAGGUUUUAA